CUGGUUUAUAAUAAGAUUACCCAAACUUCGCAGUAUAUCACUUAAUUCAUGUCAAGAGAACUCUCUUGAUCAAAGUCACUCUGACUGGCCACCAGCCAUGGAAGGUCGACAAGAUGUCCUGCCCAAGAAGAGAGAGAGGCGAAAAGCAUCCGUGAUACCGUUCCUGAAGAAGCCGAAGAAACCCAGGGAAUUGUCGGAGGAACAUUUUGAGGAAAUAGUGAAUUCGUUUUACAUUAUCGACACAAACCAGGAUGGUCGAUUGUCGAGGAAGGAACUAAACGACGCAGCCUUUGUCGUGGGAAUGAACCCCACCCCUAAAGAAAUACAGGAGUGGUGGUCCAGGGCAGACAUGGAUGGAGACGGAUUUAUAUCUCUGGAGGAAUACGUCAAAGUAAUGUCGACAAACUUUGUGUCUAUUGACAUUGAGAAGGAACGGAUGAAAGCGGCGUUUAGUCUUCUAGACCGAGACAAUGAUGGGCGGAUCACACGGAGUGAGUUUCGGGCUGUUAUGAUGUACAACAAUAACGAAAUGACUGAAAAGAAGGUGGACGAACUAUUCGAUGAGGUGGAUUCCAAAAGAAAAGGCUAUCUAGAUUAUGAAGAUUUCAUCGAGAGUCACAUUUGUUCUGCGAUAUUUUAGUAACGUCACCAUUUUGUGUUGUGUUCCUGUGACAUCAGACUUGUGGGAGCCAUUCUACCUCAUUCAUUUUGCCCAAGAAAUUUUACACAUCAAUAGUAAUUGAAAGAGACUCAUGAGAAUCGGAUUUUUAUCAUUUAUUCAUAUAAUCUUCUUUUGUACUGUAUGACUGUCUAUGAAUAAAAAUCAGUUUUAAAUGUA